GCGCAGAGUAGGAAUGGCUUUCCAAUCGGUUUUCACUUUCUCAGUUCUUUUCUUGUUCACUUAUUGUAAAGCCAAACCCGAGAACUGCAGUGUGGCACGAUGCAAGCUUUUGCCAGUUGGAAAAGGUUUUGCGUCUGAAUUUCGCAGGAAGGCUUCUGACAAAGGAGUGAGAUUGGUCUACUUAAAUCUGAAAAUUGGCAACGACAGCUACGAUCCACUAGAGUUACAAGACGUGUUUCUUCCACACAGAUGGGUGUGGGCUAGCAAGAUCACCGAGUCCAUGCUAACAUUGCCAGACGAUUACGAUAUUUUAUCUCUGGGUCUUCUGAAUUAUCAAGCGCGAAGCAUGGACGUGCAUUUGGAAGAUCAACCGAGUGGAUGCUUAGCCAAUUUGAACUCAACAUGGCAGAGUGUGGCCGUUGGAAGAAUGUUGUUGGAAAAUGUAACAACAGGGAGCUCUGAUGAACUACCACAGGAAACACAGGUGGUUUGCGUUGCAGUUAUUAAGUCUGUCGAUUCCAAACAAUUACAUGAUAUUGACUAUCAUUGUUGUGGAUUACAUAAAGGAACAAAUGGCCGUUCUUCUCUGUGCGAUCUCCGAGUCACUGUUGACGUGAAGUGGUUAAGAACAGGAUUUGAGUUCAUCAUUUUGACCUGGUCGAUUCUCGUGUCAUUUUAUAUUCCGGCGCUACCUCUAUUGCUGCCAGACUGUGUGUUUAGCCUUCGACGCGAGUGUGACAAGGAAAAUCGUUCGCAAUCGUUUGCACCGGCAGAUCAACAGGACAACAAUGGAAUGGCAGAUCAGCAGAAUAUGCAAGCGAUUAACAGUGGGCAAGACGCGUCGGAUUAUAUCAGAAAUGGAAACGAGCAAAACGUGGAGGAAAGCAAAAUAAUUCCUGUAGAUGAUGCAAGUCCAAUGACGUUUUCAACUCUUUUGCUUGAAUGUUCUCGCACAAUGCCAGAUGUAGGGCUGUCAUUUAAUAUCAAACUUUUUUUCGUGUAUCUAUGUGUUUUUCCAAUUUUUUUUUACCUACAACUAGGACUCUAUAGUACGCUGAAAAAGACGUAUAUUAAUGAGGGCCUUAAAAAACAAGUAUCACUUCCAAGUGUAUUCCCUCUGGUGGGCGGGUGGACAUUAGUCACCCAUCACGGCGCAGUAUACGUAAAGGUUUUUUUUAUCUCAUUAACAUUUACGAGUGUGAGAAAAGUUUUGUUUUUAAGACCAAAGGAUUUUAUCCUUAAGAGCCAGUGCCCAUAA